UUUGAAUUUUUUAUUAUAAAUUCAGAUGCUUAUUUACCCGUUGCAAGUAAACAUCAUUCAGCUAAACUCUAUUAUUUAUGAAGCUAUAGUUUCUUACUUCCUUCCAAAUCAACAGCUCCUCUCCCAACUAGAACCUCUAGUCUAUCAACAAUUCUUGUAGCUGCCUGGUUGAUCAAAGAAUUAAUCCUUGUCCGCCAAUCCACUCCGGCCAAUAACAAAAUGAGCAAUGGAAAUGAGGUAUGUCGGUAAAUUUUAGCUAAAAAAUCAAUAAAAUCCAUGUUGAUAAAUUGUAGGACGACAUUGAGAAAAAAAAAACGAUGUUUUCUCAAUUUUCCUCGAUCUAUAAUGUAUCGUAUUAGGUCCCACCUCCCGAUUGAGAGUAUAUAAGUUCAGGUACCCCUCAAUCCGUCAAUAAAUCAUCAUAGGUGUCUCUCUCAACAACUAUAAAUUAGUUUAGGUAAAGGGAGCUACACAACAAUUUUUUUGAAAAUUACACAUACAUUUUGAAUAUUACGUAGAAAUUAAAGGAUAGCAGGAGGAUAAGGAUAUUGCUACAUCAUUUCCAUGGGCUGUGGAGUGUAGAUUCCAUUUUCGAAUAUGGAGUUGUUUACUUCUUUUAAUUUAGUAGUUUCAUUUAGUAGUGCAAUUUAAUUUUUUGCUCUGUUCAACGUAAUCGUCCAACUUAGAAUUGAAGAUCUUUUAAAUUAUUGAAUCAAUUAAGCUUUUAAACUUUCUGUUUCAAAUUUUUAGGGAGGAAUUUGGAUAUGUUAUGCGUGAAGAUUUUAUGUUGAAAUUAUAUAUUAGUCACAUUUAUUUUAUAAUUACGAAAUGUUGAAUAUGUGAUGAGAUGUAUUAAUGCUUUUGUUGGUUUAUAACUCAUUUAUAGUUAAGUAGUUGUUGUAUUUUUUCUUAAAUACUAUUAUGAGUUUGCCUAAUUAUUUUAAAGUAUGUUAUGAGUGAUUAAAACUCAUAAUAAUUAACAAAAAAAAAGUUGAUUUUUUCAUAAUGUUUGUAUGUUAAUUUCGUGUUCAUUCUUUUUCCGCUGCAACAUCAAAAGAUAUGACUACUUCGGUUAUCAAAUCCCGGCUCGACCCCGGGUAAAUAUGAUUUUAGACAUGUAUGUUAGUUAACAUUAAUGAAAAACAAAAUUGAAUUAUGUAGGAGGUCGAGGAAAGUUCUAAUCCAGAUGCUAGAAGUUCAAAUCCGAUUGGUGGUGAUUACACUCAGUCCUUUGUAAAUGGUGUGGAGUAUACAACACAUCUAGAGGCUUGUAAUGCGGCAAAAGUAAUUGCUCAAGGUCUCGGGUUUUUUUUGGUUAGGACUUCUAACAAAAGAAACAAAAAGACAGAAGAAUGGAGACACUAUUUGAGUUGCAAAUAUGGUCGGAUAAUGAAGCCCAAACAAAAGGAUCCUUUGAAGGAAAUUCGGGUGUUCACUAAAUCUGAAAAAGAUGGAUGCCCGUUUAUGGUGAAGAUAGAUAAGAAAGGUGCCAGCCCCUGGACGAUCCAAGGGGUGCUUGAUACAAAUCGACCCGGUCAAUUUAAGAGUUACCACAACCAUGAGUUGGAGCUAUUUUUGGAAGGUUCGAGCCAGCGGAAUGCUCUUAGUGCGGCAGAUAAAAAAUUAGUCCAUGGUUUGUUGGAGUCACACGUGCCGUCAAAAAAGGUUCUACAAGUUUUGAAUGAAGGGAAAGGAGAUAAAGGUCACCACACUAGGAAACAAAUUUACAACGAGGGAUCUAAGAUGAGAGUGGCAAGAUUGGGCGGCAUGUCACCUUUGGAGUGGACCUUCCAAGAUGCUCGAAAGAAGGGAUACUAUGUUACACAUUUGGAGGACCACAACCAGCUCACCCAUCUUUUUCUAGCACAUCCUAAGUCUAUUUUAAUGCUUAGAGCUUGGCACCAUGUCGUUGUCAUUGACUCUACUUACAAGACCAACGAGUAUGGGAUGGCAUGGGUAGAGAUUGUGGGUGUCACACCUGUGAACCUUAAUUUCAACAUUGCAGGCAUCCUAGUAGUUGAUGAAACAAAGGAUACCUACCUCUGGAUACCUCAGCACUUAAAACACCUUCUUGGAGAUGUUGUUCCGGAUGCAAUUGUCUCAGACAAAGAGGGUGGAUUGCUAGUGACGGUGGGUGAAGUAUUUCCAUUGUCAAGGCAUUUAUUAUGUGUAUGUGAUGACUCGGUAUUUGCACAUGUUUUCCCCUUUGUUUCUUGAUUGUUUGAGCUUGAAUUAUUGCGUCUUUGGCCUAUUUUAUGCUAGGUUGUGUUCCUUUGUCCCAUUUCAGGUCCUAGCACAUAAAGUGAAGCAUAGGCGCAAGUUUCAAGUCAAUCAGAGAUCAAUUGACGAUUCGAGAGAAGAAACUCGGGCAUGACCUGAAGAAGAAUGGAUUUCUACCUCACUUUAUGGACAAAGAAUCAUGCAAGCUUGUUAUGAAACGAAAGAGGACGAGACUACGAGCGUCUGGGAUCAAACGGCGAUUGAUUUGGAGUCCGGACGAGGGAGAAACGAAGCAUUAAACAGAGGCUGAGCAAGCUGCACGGGCAGACCAGCGUGGCCACGCACGGCCGUGCAACAUACAAUUCUGGCCGUGCGAGUUGGCUGAGGUUCAACUAAUUGAUACGCCGCGUUUUGAGGUGCACGGCCAGAAUGGUGAUGUGCACGGCCGUGCACCCUGGCCGCGCGAGUCGGGAUUUCCUGGUUUUAAGCCAAAUUCCGAACCAAAGAAGAAGGAGAGCUGGGUUUUGGAUCCCAAACACCCAAGGGACGAACCCUAGAGAGAGAGGGCGAUUUGAGGGCAUUCUUGGAGUAGAGAAGGAGGAUUUCUUUGCCUUGGAAGCUCGAGGAACAAGCCCGGACUUGAAGACUGAUCAUCUGAAGAUUCUUACUGCAGUCUCUCUCUUCUCUAUGGAGUAACUUCCCUUCACUUAGGUUUUGAGGAACCCUAGCUAUGUUUGUUUGAUUGGAUGAUUGUAUGAGUACUCUGACUUGAUAAUCUUGAGUUCAUAUUCAAUCUAUGCAUGUUUUCAUGAUUCAAUUCUGCUUUAGUCGAGAUUAUUGAUUCUGCUUUGAUCCUAUGAGAGGGAAUACCUGAUUAGGUCAAUAGAGCACCAUAGAUUGAUAGUAGUGGAUCGAUUGCUUUAGUCGAGGGUUGAUUCACUGCUUUGUAUCGAUUGAGAACCCCUUUCGAUAGAGGGAGUCUAGUUCAGAAUGCCUUGAUCAGUUGUUCUAGAGAAGGAUACGUCCCUCUAGGCAAUUGACUCAAGAGGGCCUUGUUCCUUUAGUCGAGACUCAAGGUCUAGUCAACGAUUCUCCGCAUUGUGAAUGAAAGUGAAACAGGUUAGAGAUCAUCAAUCAUUAAUCUGGCUAGUGGCUAGGGGGAAUCAUACCUAAGUGAGUUCCCAACCUGUAAUUAUAUUAACUUUAACUGUAGUUUGCUAGAGUAGUUUUAGUUCUUCCUUAUUAAUCUGGUUUGCUAAAUAAUAAACUGAAGCUGAGUAAUAGUAACUCUAGAGACCCGUGGAUUCGAUAUUUAUCACUUGAGCCACUAUACUGCAGUCCCUUUCAUUGGUUACACUUGGCCUUUGUUAGGUGUUGUGUUUUAGCGAGUCAAGUUUUUGGCGCCGUUGCCGGGGACUUUCUAGAUUAUUAGGAAAGGCAGAAGUUUGUUACUUUAGCGUUUUUCUUUUCUUUUCUUUUCCACCCUUGCUUUUCACUUGGGUGUUUUUGUUUUUGUUGGUGCAGAUCUGAAUCAUGGAUCCUCAUGGCUUCUCCAAUCAUUGGGGGUAUCCACCACCAUCUGGGUGGUAUUACCCCGAGACUCCGUGGAGCAACCAAGGCGGAGAAGACUAUGGAUUCGGGUUCCAGUACCAACCCCCUUACUACGGAGAACAACCGGACCCCUGGGCAUAUCAAGAACAACCUCAUUACCAAGAAGAAUUUCUCCCACAACCAGAAGGGCCAUUGGAGCUGGAGUUACCCAUGGCGGCCUUCACGGGCCAUUCUGCAGAGCCAUGCUACACUCCACAGCCAGAUCCACACUAUGAUUUGAGGCUUCUCAUGGAGAGAUCAUGCUCCAGUAUGGAUCAUUGUGUCCAGGCCUAUCGUGAAACAGAGGAGAUCCUCCUGAGCCUUAAGAAGAGCGUCGAUGAUCUUGAGCGAUCUUGGGCGCAACCUGCUCCAGAUCACCCUUCUGCUACCAUACAAGAAGAGGAGGAGGAAGAAGAAGGCUACAAGGGCAUUGUGGAACACACUGAAGUUGUCACGGAGAGCUCCCGUGAUGAUCAUGAUCAGGCCUGUCAUGUCGUAGCCGACCACACCUUCCCACACCCCAACCAGAGCUUUGAAGAGGCGGGCAUGAGUGAGGAGAUGCAAGAAGAUCUCAUGAAAGAAAUUGCUUGGCAACUUGCUCUCCAAUCCGUUCUAGAAGAAGAAGAGCAAGAAAGGGUGCAGAAAGAAGUUGUGGAGGAUGACGAAAGUGAAGCUGGAGGAGUUCUUGAUCAUUUCCCAGGAGUGAUACCACAUGAAGAAGGAAGGGAGGUUGAAGAAGCAAUUGGCGUCCAGGCUGAGGACGAAGUUGAGGUGGAACAGGCUUGCACCGGCCAUGAGUUACAGGUGAUAUCUCCACCAAACUUCGAGGAACUGCUUAGCAAGGACCCAUUUGCAGUGUCUCUUUGCCAGACCAAGGCCACCUCGACAUCGGUCCCUCUUGGUGGACGCGAUGGUGGCCAAUCGAUGUUGUCAUAUCUGGUUUGGGGCAAUGAGACGAGAGAAGAGAAGAAGAGGUCUCGAGGGUGGAGACUUCAUCUGCAUCAAGUACAUGAGCCUUCAUCACCUGCCACACCACAUGCUCAUGACUUGAGACUCCACCUCAUCGACGAGAACCUCAACUUCAAGGAGGUUCUAGCAUGGACCGAAACUUAGGAGCCAUCGUCCGGCUCACGACGUGAAAGAAGCGCUUGUUGGGAGGCAACCCAACCAGUCGGUUUGCAUUUCUUUCUCUAUUUCUCCUCGGUUGAGUCAGUUUGCUAUUUGAUUUUAGAGUCAAUAAAUCAACCUUUGUGAGAUUUUGUGUGGUGUUUGUGUUCUGAUUACUCUCUCUUUCUGGAUGGCACUGCCUGACCCGUUCAUCAUCAUUCACCCUUGAUCUGGUAACUUCGUUCUACCCUCCUUAUCUUUCCUCCAUUGAGGACAAUGUCGUGCUUAAGUGUGGGGGGAUGUUCGAUUAUGUAUGCGGGUGAAUGUUUGGCUGUUUGUGUGCUUGGAGCCUAGUCCACUGUCCAAAUUUUUAAAUUUGAGGGCUCCAAGUACGUGUUCCAUGCAAUUGCCUGCUCAGUAUGCUUUGAAUUGACAGUCUUUAUAGUAAUAUGCAACCUAGGGAGGUAGUGUAGCACUAUGGAGGAUGUUGAUGCAUUUAAGAAGUCUCAUUUCUUCUUCAUAUAAAGUUGGUUGAUUGAGUGAAUUAGUGAUCUUAGGACCCUUGAAUUGUGUGGUGUUGUGGUUUCUCUGCCUGUCAUGGACUCUUGUAUCAUGUUUUGAGUUUAACAGGUGCUCGAAAAUGUGCUUCAAAAUAACGUCUCCCGUGCGAAUAGGGCGAAAGUGUGUAAGGGGAGACGGGAAUUCGUUCCCAAUUUCCACCUACUACCUCCAGCCCCCUUACAUGUCUUUCCCCCGCACGAGGCUCGAGACAUCCGCUCCUGGCAUGGCCGGUAAGAGCAGGUUGGGACCCUUGAAAGAAAAAAAAAGGAAAAAAAUAACAGAAAACAAGCAAAACAGAAAGAAAAGGGGUUCCAACCAUCUUCAAGAAGAAAAUAGAGCACCUUGAAAAAUGUGAGUCCAUGAUCCUUUGUUUUUGAGAAUCUCUGCAUCCACAAUUCAUUUGUCCUCUGUUCACUAUUUGCCAUGAUGCCGACUCGAUACUAGUGCGACUCGCCGAAGAAGUUAUGAGAUGACUUGUGCGUCGGUUGACCUCGUAAGCUGCUAAAUGAUCUAGGAAGUCCUCUACCUACGAUCUGGGUUGUUUGUUGCUAUAGAGGUCUGGAGAGUUGCAUUGGUUUGAGUUAGGUUUGCUUGGGGACAAGCAAACAGUUAAGUGUGGGGGGAUUUGAUGACUCGGUAUUUGCACAUGUUUUCCCCUUUGUUUCUUGAUUGUUUGAGCUUGAAUUAUUGCGUCUUUGGCCUAUUUUAUGCUAGGUUGUGUUCCUUUGUCCCAUUUCAGGUCCUAGCACAUAAAGUGAAGCAUAGGCGCAAGUUUCAAGUCAAUCAGAGAUCAAUUGACGAUUCGAGAGAAGAAACUCGGGCAUGACCUGAAGAAGAAUGGAUUUCUACCUCACUUUAUGGACAAAUAAUCAUGCAAGCUUGUUAUGAAACGAAAGAGGACGAGACUACGAGCGUCUGGGAUCAAACGGCGAUUGAUUUGGAGUCCGGACGAGGGAGAAACGAAGCAUUAAACAGAGGCUGAGCAAGCUGCACGGGCAGACCAGCGUGGCCACGCACGGCCGUGCAACAUACAAUUCUGGCCGUGCGAGUUGGCUGAGGUUCAACUAAUUGAUACGCCGCGUUUUGAGGUGCACGGCCAGAAUGGUGAUGUGCACGGCCGUGCACCCUGGCCGCGCGAGUCGGGAUUUCCUGGUUUUAAGCCAAAUUCCGAACCAAAGAAGAAGGAGAGCUGGGUUUUGGAUCCCAAACACCCAAGGGACGAACCCUAGAGAGAGAGGGCGAUUUGAGGGCAUUCUUGGAGUAGAGAAGGAGGAUUUCUUCGCCUUGGAAGCUCGAGGAACAAGCCCGGACUUGAAGACUGAUCAUCUGAAGAUUCUUACUGCAGUCUCUCUCUUCUCUAUGGAGUAACUUCCCUUCACUUAGGUUUUGAGGAACCCUAGCUAUGUUUGUUUGAUUGGAUGAUUGUAUGAGUACUCUGACUUGAUAAUCUUGAGUUCAUAUUCAAUCUAUGCAUGUUUUCAUGAUUCAAUUCUGCUUUAGUCGAGAUUAUUGAUUCUGCUUUGAUCCUAUGAGAGGGAAUACCUGAUUAGGUCAAUAGAGCACCAUAGAUUGAUAGUAGUGGAUCGAUUGCUUUAGUCGAGGGUUGAUUCACUGCUUUGUAUCGAUUGAGAACCCCUUUCGAUAGAGGGAGUCUAGUUCAGAAUGCCUUGAUCAGUUGUUCUAGAGAAGGAUACGUCCCUCUAGGCAAUUGACUCAAGAGGGCCUUGUUCCUUUAGUCGAGACUCAAGGUCUAGUCAACGAUUCUCCGCAUUGUGAAUGAAAGUGAAACAGGUUA